CGCUGCCGUGCAUACUCGGCGCAGAUUCAUCAUCCACCAGCUCCAUCAGAUAUGUUUUUCAGGCUAACAAGCAACAUUGCAAAGAGCCGAAGCCUAUAUAUGUGCGUAUGGCUUGAUCGAUGCCCCCAACACUCCAACAGUUCGUUUUCAAGCAUCCAUCAUCUGAAAAAAGAAAAAAGAGAGGAGAACAACGGAAGAAUCAGCAUCGAUCCGGUGGGCGGUGGGUGGACAUGUCUCCUGCCAGCUCGUUCGCGUCGCUGUGCCGACACAGGGUGAUCCGCGGCUGCUCCACCCGCCUCGGCUGCGACCACCGCUGGCCCGCCACGCCGGCUCGCUCUGUGGGGCAUCGAUGGAGAUCGUUGUCAUCCUCUGGCCUGCGUCGUGGCGCGAAAGAGGGCAUGUUGCUGCGGUGGUUCAGAGAAACUACCAACACAAGCAGCUGCAGCAGCGGCGGCGGCGGCGGCGGCGCAGGUGGCACAGGACGACCUGCUGCAGGUUUCUCAACCUGGGCACGGUUGGCAAUUGGCUCCGCCGCCGCUGUCAAAUGGGCGUCGUUUCUGCGGAUCCAAAAUGAGGUGGAGAUGGUGAAGGACGCCGCCGAGACUGCGGCGGAGGUGGUGGAGGAGGUGGCCAUGGCAGCCGAGAAGGUGUCGUCCGAGGUGGUCGGGCAUCUGCCGGAGGAAGGCAGGCUGAGACGCGCCGCGGUGAUGGUCGAGCACGCGUCCAAGGAGGUCGCGGAGGAGGCUCAUCGUGCACGAGACAUCAUCCACAAGGUCGACGAAAUUGAGGAAGACGUCAAGGCCAUUAUCGAACCGAUUAUGGAUCAUGGGAAGCAUGAGAGGAAGCAUUUAGAAAAGUAGAUUUUUUUUUCUUCUUCUUCUUUGCAGCUUGGAUUCAUCAGGGCCGGUUAUGCCGUCUCAUUGGACUGCGGAGACAACAGAGCAAGCAUUAUAUAAAACUGCAUUAUUCAUGUCGAAAUUCAUGUUAAAUUCAUUUUUACAAUAUUACGGACCAAGAAUUCAUUAAAAUAUUUACAAUAUUACAGUUAGUUUGGUUUGCAGUAUUGUAAUUUUUUUUAUUUUAACUAUAUUUUUAUAUACUUUAAUGCAAAAUGAUUUAAUGGGGA